CCGAUGACUCGGUCAUUUACAAAUCAAUUUUUUUAAUCAAAAAUUUAUUCCUCUCAAAGAUCCCAAUAUAAUUACAGUAUCUAAAUCACUAGAAGUAAGUUGGGCAUAAAAUCAAUUCUAUCUCAAUCCUUUCAUCACAAACAUUGAUUUCAGACUUUCAAUACUUCAUUAGAAUCUCUUCUCUUUGCUUUGUCAUUUGUGUUUUUAGAUCUCUCAUCUCUUUCUUGUUCUAUAUCGAGAUCAGCUUCAGUCCACCAAAACUCAUUACAAAAGAUGACUACGCAGGCAGAUAGCCCUGCUGGCUCUCCAGAUGCUCAGGUUGUUGGCAAUGCUUUUGUGGAGCAAUAUUACCACAUACUUCACCAAUCUCCAGAGCAGGUUUACCGAUUUUAUCAGGAUUCAAGUGUGCUGAGUCGUCCAGAUUCUAAUGGUGUUAUGACAUCUGUCACAACCAUGGAAGGAAUCAAUGAGAAAAUUUUGGCCAUGAAUUAUAAAGACUAUAUUGCUGAGAUAAAGACCGCGGAUGCUCAGCAGUCACACGGGAAUGGAGUAAUUGUUCUUGUUACUGGAUACUUAACUGGAAGGGAUAAAGUCGGAAAAAAGUUUGCACAAUCAUUCUUUUUAGCCCCACAAGAGAAAGGGUUUUUUGUCCUGAACGAUGUCUUUAGAUAUGUUGAUGACGAAGAAUCAGAACCGGCUGCUUCGGAUCCUGUUAAUAGUAUUAACGAAAAUGCGGCAGCAGCUCCACAGGCUCCAGAACCAGAGCAGCCUUCUCAUGUUCCAAACCACGAUGGAGAAAUGGAAGAUCUUACUAAUGAGGCUGAAGUGUGUGACCCAUCUGAAAAUGAAGAUGGAUCGGUAACUGAAGAAGAGGUUAUUGACCCACCAACUCAAUUGAAUCAGAGUGAGACUGUGAACGCGACUGACGAGAUAUCUGCCUCCCAAGAUGAUGCGCCGAAAAAAUCAUAUGCAUCAAUUCUGAAGGCUAAGAAUGCCGUUUCAUUACCUAUGCCGGUUAAAGUACCUGCUACCAAUGUCAAGUUCAAACAAUCGAGCAGCAACCAAGAAGCAACUGCAAAACCUGCUCCAGUACCCGAGCCAUCAGCUUCAGCAAGUGAAACUAGUCCCCAAAAACCUGAUGUGCUUGAGGAAGGUUAUUCCGUAUAUGUACGAAAUCUGCCUCAAAAUGCAACUCCUGCACAACUUGAGGGUGUCUUCUCAAAGUUUGGCCCGAUUAAGCAAAAUGGAGUCCAAGUAAGAAGUAAUAAGCAAGGUUUCUGCUUUGGUUUCGUCGAGUUUGAAUCCUUGAGCUCCAUGAAAUCUGCGAUUGAGGCAUCUCACAUCGUGAUAGGGAGUCGUAAAGCUUUUGUUGAAGAAAAGAAAACUACAACGAAAGUUUCCGCAGGUGCAACUACAAGUAAUGGAAGAGGAAGGUACCCUUCUUCAAGAGGUGGAUUUCGUAAUGAGAGCUUUAGAGAGCGUGGAAACUUCAAUGGUGGUCGUGGUUAUGGAAGAACCGAUUUCAGAAGUCAGGGAGAAUUCUCCGGUAAACCAAGGGGAGGAGCUGGAAGAGGUUCCGAGGGUUAUCAACGAGUUGAUCAAAAUGGAGCCGGAAACAGUGGUCGUCAAGGCUGUUAAGUGAAGUUUUGUUUAUGGGAAAAAUACUUUGUUUUGUUUGGUAUACAAGUGAUGAGUCUUUUUUAGCUGUUAAUUUAGGAUUAGGUAAUGCAGGAUCCUUGAUCCUCUUGAUUGAGGCUUUUUUGUUUUUGUUCUUUUUUUUUUUUGUUUAAUUUAAUUUUAGGAAAUUGAUUAUUUUCUUACUUAAUAAUAAUAUGACAUUUCCCCCUUGAAUCUUGUACUAGUUUAUUGCUGGUCUUUUAGGAGUUGUUUGAUGUUUUCAUGAUCAAUUUUAUCGUUACGAAGAUAUAGUAAGCGCCAAGGAUCGGAAUUUUCGCAACUUUUGAACAUUUGGGUGUUCAAGCUUUGAAGUUUUUGAAAAGGAUUGAUUGUUCAAUGUUCUGUUAUACUUUCUCCGUUCGUUGGAGUUUGACACACUUAUUGCAAAAAGCGCAAACAUCGAUCUUUAGAGUGUCAGAACUUGGUUAUUUUAAAUCCAUUAGGCCGUGAUAAUUCGUCAUAUAAUUUCACCGUAACCUACUGAUGUGGACACGGGACAUCCGUCGGCUCGGGCCCACAAAUCCACGAGUCAAGGG